AUGCCAUCACUACUUGGCUCGUUAAAAACGCGUUCUCAAUCGAGACUUUUGGAAGAUGAGGAAGACGAAGAUUUAGAGGAAGAGUUGGAUGAUAUUGUACUUUCUUCCUCGCAUCAUCAUCAUCAUGAAGAAGAACAAGAUGAAGACUCUCAUCAUACAAAGAAGGAAAAAUCACCUACAAUUAACGGAUCGAAAUCAUCAUCACCAUCAACAACGGCUGCUGCUCAUGAUGUUGAUUCGACAAUAACACCAAAGAAGAAUAAUGAUUCGGAUGAUGAAGAACCAAUAGAAAAUACACCUGCUUUUAAAGAUGAUAGAUCCAAGUUACGUGUUCGUUUUGGAAAUGUUAAUAAGGAAGAAGAGGCUCAAGAUUUGGAAACUCCACCACUCCCGAAGAGAAAGCAAAUUCUGGUCUCUAAGGGUUCCCUGACUUCUACAAAUGGAAAUGCUAAUACUACUUCCAGUAGUAAUAGUCUCGGUUCUGACCUGAACCAUCAUCAUGAACCAUCACUGAGCGAGGAAGAAGAGGAAAAUGAAAAAGACUAUGAUGAACAUCGUAAAGUCAAAUUAACAAAUCACAAUGAACACAAGGAAAUGAAAAAUGUUAACCUCGAAGAUGGUGAUGAUGUUGAAGUUGAAAUUACAAACACUACCAAAAUUUCCAUGGAGGAUGAUUACGAUCGAGAAUUGUUAUACUACGAUAACCAUAUUGAUGAUACGUAUAAUGAUUAUUUAAAGCCAAAUGCUAUAGAUGAAAAUCCAGUUAGUGCUACUGGCAUUGCUAAACUCUUCAAGAGCUUUCCAAGAAUUAGUUUUACUCAAUUUAUGUGGUUGAUGAAAUUAGGAUUUAGACAAACACCACUCGUCUUUUUCGGAAUUAUAUUUUUGAUUGUUAGUACUGGUUUGAGCCUAUUCCUACCAAUUUAUGUUGGCGAGAUUAUUAAUACCAUCCCUGCAGGAACUACAGGAAAGGAAUAUAUUAAUCAAAUGGCUCUCAUUAUACUAGGUGUUGUGGCUGGUAUUGGCCUUACAACUGCAUUGAGAAACUUUUGUUUUACAUAUGCUGGAGAACGUGCUGUUGCCCGUCUCAGAAAGGAUCUUUUCAAUUCCAUCAUUGUUCAAGAAGUUGGAUUUUUUGAUAUCACUAAAACUGGAGAAUUGUUGAAUAGAUUGAGUUCAGAUACAAAAUCAUUGGAAAAUGCCGUUACAGUGAAUCUUUCAAUGUUUUUACGUUAUGUGGCUCAAUUAAUUGGUGGAAUUGUUUUCCUAUUGAUAAUAUCUUGGAAAUUGACUCUGAUCAUGCUUGCUGUCAUACCUCCACUCGUUUUUAUUUCUUUAAUUUAUGCCAAAUAUAUUAAGAAUAUCACAAGGAGAACACAAGAUGCUUUGGCCAAUUCAACUGAUGUUGCUGAAGAGUCCUUCUCCAAUUUGAGAACUGUUCGUAGUUUUGCAAAGGAAACCAAGCAUAUUAGCUUGUACAGUGCUGCUAUUGAUUUGACUCUCUCAUUGGCAAGAAAAUUCUCAUUUGCUAAUGGUAUCUUUUCAGGUGGUAUGAUGUUUGCUGGUAAUGCUAGUAUUAUUCUCGUUUUGUGGUUUGGUGGAAGACUUGUUGUGGAUGGUGAAAUAACUGUUGGAUCUCUUAUUAGUUUCAUCAUGUAUACCUUGUUGGUUGCUGCCAGCUUUGGUGUCUUGAGUGGAUUGCUGGUUGAAUUGUUUAGAGCUUUGGAGGCUACUGUUAGAGUUUACAACUUACUUCAACGUAUUCCAGCCAUUGAAAGACGUAAUCCAAACGUUAUGGAAUCCGAUACUAGAGAACUUCCAAAAUUGAAUGGUCACAUUGUUUUGCACGAUGUUUCAUUUGCCUAUCCUUCAAGAACCGAACACUCAGUACUCAAUAAGAUUAACCUUGAAAUGUCACCAUCAAGUAUUUUGGCUUUGGUUGGUAGACCAGGACAAGGAAAGACCACCAUUGUCUCACUCUUACAAAGAUUCUAUGAUCCAAAUGAUGGACAAAUUACAUUGGAUGGUGUUCCACUUACUCAAAUUGAUCCUGUUUGGUUGAGAAAGAACAUUGGUCUCCUUACUCAGGAUCCUGCCAUGUUUAGUGCCUCAAUUCGUGAAAAUAUUUGUUACGGAUGGACUGGUGAUGAAGCUCCAACAGACGAGCAAGUUAUGGAAGCAUCCAAGAAGGCAAACGUUCAUGAAUUUAUUUCUAAUUUCAAAGAUGGAUAUGAUACUAUUAUUGGAGAAAGAGGAGUCAGACUUUCUGCCUCUGAACGUCAAAGAAUCGCCAUUGCUAGAAUCCUUUUGAAGGAUCCGAAGAUUUUAAUUUUGGACGAAUAUUCUCAUUCUUUAGAAGUACAAUAUGACAGCCAAGUUCAACAAGCUCUCAAUUCAUUAAUGAAUGGAAGGACUGUUAUCGUUAUAGCUCACAAACUUGCCACAGUGAUAAAGGCCAAUAAGGUUUGUGUCAUUGAGGAAGGUUCAGUUGUGGAACAAGGAGAGCAUUUCAAUCUGCUUCAAAAGGGAGGUCUUUACAAACAAGUAGUGGAAAGACAACUAGUUGGUACUGAUUAA